CGGUCUCGACAAUCAGUUCAGAAUGUCCAUUCUAGAGCGACUGGAGCAGAUGGAGCGUAGGAUGGCAGAGAUGGCCGCCCGCGACAACGCCAACGGCAACCAGCAACAACAGCAGCAGCAGCAGCAGCAGGGCAGCCAGCUGGCCACGCCCCCUCCUCCACCUGCACUGGACGACCAUGAACAGUCGUCACAGUGGUUUGAGAGGAGGAUUGUGGGAGUUUGUGAGCGGAUGAUGAGAGGAGGACGAUGGUCAGGAGGAGGAGGAGCAGGAGGAGGGGGAGGAGGAGACAGGCUUCAUCACUCCAUCCGACACCGAGGGAUGACACUGCUUCACCUGGCAGCAGCUCAGGGAUACACACACCUGAUCCACACACUGAUCCACUGGAGGAGCGUUAACAGCGACAGUCUGGACCUGGAACAGGAAGUGGAUCCUCUGAACGUCGACCACUUCUCGUGCACUCCGCUGAUGUGGGCGUGUGCUCUGGGCCACCAGAGGGCGGCGGAGCUCCUGUACGGCUGGAACAGUCUGGCUCUGGGGAUCCCCGAUUCGCUGGGACGUCUGCCGCUCGCCGUUGCGCGGUCCAGAGGACACACGCGCCUCGCCACGGCGCUAGAGGAGCUGCACACGCAACGCACACACGCGCACGUCACAGCCAGGGACACACCCCCAGCCGACGCCCCCAUGCCGGCCACGCCCCAGCCUCAGCUGCCCAUGUCUCCUCUGUCGACGAGCCCGGACACAGGUCUCAGCUCCUCCUCAAGCCUCCCAUCUCCCAGUGACCCCUCCUCCCCCUCUCCGAGCUCCGCCUACUCCAGCGGUCCCGCCCCCAUGGACACCUCCCCCUCCUCACUGUCCUCUCCCUCCUCCUCGUCCUCUCUGCCCGUCUCGCCUCCCUCCCCUUCGUCCCUCCCCCUCUCCUCUCUGCCCGCUGUUUCUGUGUGGGGGGCGGAGCCUGACGCCGGCCUCAGCGCAGGUCUGAACACUGGAGGACCCAGAGACUCCACCCUCUACCUGAUGGACUACGAGAGCGCGUCACCUGGACAAGCACACGCCUACGCACAUGCCCACACGCCCAGCGCACGACGCUCACACACGGCGACGCUGGAGGAGCAGCUGCUGAGCUACAGCGAGAACGCCGAGAACGAAGGAGAGGAGGAGGAGUAUCUGGAGGAGGAGGUGCUCCAGGUCGACAUGGCAACGUUGGCAGAGCAGAUCAUCGAGGCGACCCCCGAGCGAAUCAAACAGGAGGAUUUCCCCAGGGAGGCGGAGUCUCCGCUCAGAGAGAGGCGGGACAACCCGGCCAUCCAGGACACCUGGUUGGCCACGUAUCUGGACACGGUUGACGCCCACACGCACUCCCCCCCCAGGCGCAUGUGCCCCCCCUCUCCCCUCAGCGCCCUGGCUCUACAGAGGCUCCGCCCCCCGUCCUCAGCGGCGUGGGCGGAGUUCCUGAAUGCCUCGGCCAACGGGAAGAUGGAGAGAGACUUUGCUCUGCUGACGCUGACGGACGGGGAACAGAGGGAGCUGUACGAGGCAGCCAGGAUCAUCCAGAACGCCUUCAGGAGGUACAAGGGUCGAAGGUUAAAGGAGCAGCAGGACAUGGCCGCCGCCGUCAUACAGAGGUGUUACAGGAAGUACAAGCAGCUAACCUGGAUAGCGCUGAAGUACGCCCUCUAUAAGAAGAUGACGCAGGCGGCCAUUUUGAUCCAGUCCAAGUUCCGUUCGUAUUACGAGCAGAAGCGUUUCCAGCAGAGCCGCCGCGCCGCCGUGCUCAUCCAGCAGUACUACCGCAGCUACAAGGAGUACGAGCGGCUGAAGCAGGCGCCCAGGGGCGGAGCCAGCCACAACCCCAAGAUCAAGGGGUCUUUUCUGACAAAGAAGCAGGACCAGGCGGCGAGGAAGAUCAUGAGGUUCCUGAGACGCUGCAGACACAGGAUCAAGGAGCUGAAGCAGACGAGGGAGCUGGAGCGGCGAGGCCUGACCACCUAGAGCACCGCCAGGACGCACGCCGCGUGGACGCACGCCGCGUGGAUGCACGCCGCGUGGACGCACGCCACCGUCCACUCAGCACGCGUCGUCUGAACCAAACGACUGAAGGACACGCCCCUCUGUCCGUCCAGUGAAUGUAUCCGUCUGUCCAUGUCCACGCCCACCAUGACGGGUGUCGCACCAGGUGCCGCAAUGGGCGUCAGACUGUACACGAGGACAUAAAUGUAUUUAAAGUCCUAGAGGAGUAAUAUUAUAAAUAUAUAAAUAUAUAUUCAGAAGGUGGAGUUUA